AUGAAGCAUUCGUCUGCUCGUAAUGUAAUCGAAAGAGCAUUCGGUGUCUUGAAGGGUCGAUGGGCGAUACUGCGGGGAAAGUCAUACUACCCUGUAGAAGUUCAAUGUCGCAAAAUACUCGCAUGUUGUCUCCUCCACAACCUUAUCAAUAGAGAGAUGACAAACUUUGAUAUAGAAGACAACAUAGAUGAGGUUGGUUCCACCCAUGCGACUACUACCGUCGAUGACAUACAUUACAUAGAGACAUCCAAUGAGUGGAGUCAAUUGAGGGACGACCUUGCAGAAGAAAUGUUUACUGAUUGGGAGUUGCGUAACCAAUAG